AUUGGCGUACGUGGCCCUCCUUACCGUUUCAUCCUCCCAACAGCCCUGCGAGCACUGGCUGAAAUUCUCAGCGUCAAAGACAUCAGCGGCCGGAAACUGUUCUAUGUCCACUACAUUGAUUUUAAUAAGCGUCUGGACGAAUGGGUGACCCACGACCGGCUCGAUCUAAAGAAGAUCCAGUUCCCCAAAAAGGAAGCUAAGACUCCCACCAAGAAUGGACUGCCAGGGUCCCGGCCCAGCUCUCCGGAACGUGACGUGAGGAAGACCUUGGAUCUGUCUCUCCAGCCAGCCGCAACUCCAUCCAGCGGUAAAACCCUGCCCAUCCCGGUGCAGAUAACCCUCCGCUUUAACCUACCUAAAGAGAGGGAGGCCGUCCCUGGCUCGCCCGACCAACCCCUCUCCUCCAGCUCCUGCGUCCAGCCCAACCAUCGCUCAACGAAGCGGAAGGUGGAAGUGGUUUCUCCGGCGACCCCCAUCCCGGCUCCGACGGAGACAACUCAGGCGUCGGUGUUCCCCCAGAACGGCUCUGCCCGCCGAGCGGUGGCCGCCCAGCCUGGCAGGAAAAGGAAAUCCAACUGCCUCGGUACAGACGAGGACUCCCAAGACAGCCUGGAUGGCAUCCCGUCAGCCCCGCGCAUGACGGGAAGCCUGGUCUCCGACCGUAGCCAUGACGACAUCAUCACGCGCAUGAAGAACAUCGAGUGCAUUGAGCUCGGCCGGCACCGCCUGAAGCCCUGGUACUUCUCGCCUUACCCCCAGGAGCUCACCACCCUCCCCAUCCUUUACCUCUGCGAGUUUUGCCUCAAGUACGUCAAGAGCCUCAAAUGUCUGCAGAGGCAUCUGACCAAGUGCGACCUUCGGCAUCCACCGGGGAACGAAAUCUACCGUAAAGGGACCAUCUCCUUCUUCGAGAUCGAUGGGCGGAAGAACAAAAGCUAUUCACAGAACCUCUGCCUGCUGGCAAAGUGUUUCCUGGACCACAAGACCCUCUACUACGACACAGACCCCUUUCUUUUCUACGUCAUGACGGAAUACGACAGCAAGGGAUUCCACAUCGUUGGCUACUUCUCUAAGGUGGGCUGCGGAGGCCUCGUUCGGAGCCGCGGCGCUGUUGGGUCGUGCUCCUGCAGGGCUUAAGACUUUCUCAUCU